UCCGCGCCGCUCCCCGACGACAUGCUGCGCUGCGGCCUGGCCUGCGAGCGCUGCAGGUGGAUCCUACCCCUGCUCCUGCUCAGCGCCAUCGCCUUCGACAUCAUCGCGCUGUCCGGCCGCGGCUGGCUGCAGUCGAGCAACCACCUGCAGACGUCCUCGCUGUGGUGGCGGUGCUUCGACGAGGGCGGCGGCAGCGGCUCCUACGACGAUGGCUGCCAGAGCCUCAUGGAUUACGCGUGGGGAAGAGCGGCGGCCGCCAUGCUCUUCUGUGGCUUUAUCAUCCUCUGUAUCUGCUUCAUCUUGUCCUUCUUUGCCCUCUGUGGACCCCAGAUGCUCGUCUUCCUCAGAGUGAUUGGAGGCCUCCUGGCCCUGGCGGCUGUAUUUCAGAUCAUUUCUCUGGUAAUCUACCCCGUGAAGUACACUCAGACCUUCAGCCUUCAUGCCGACUCUGCUGUCACUUACAUCUAUAACUGGGCCUAUGGCUUCGGGUGGGCGGCCACCAUCAUCCUGAUUGGCUGCGCCUUCUUCUUCUGCUGCCUCCCCAACUAUGAAGAUGACCUUCUGGGCAACGCCAAGCCCAGGUACUUCUACACAUCUGCCUAGUGUGUGACGGAGAGCCAAGAAAGGCGCUGCUGCCGUGUUGGAUCCAGAGGUGGAAACUGUUCAGGCCACAUGGAACCUAUGACUGGCAGU